AAAAGUUUCUGAAUUUUCUCACUUGCAUUAAUCGUUCCCUUUACACUGUUUAUAUACAACUAGAAAAGGAAUCUAAUGAAAAACAGAUUUACAACAACCUAACAAAUGCGAAACAGAAAUACAGGUGUCAAAAUUAUGUGGCUUGAAUUAAAACAGCUAAACCAGUGUUGGUUUGAUAACCAAAACUAGAAAUAACCGAGAUAACCAAACCAUUGGUAUAUGAACUCUAAGAAAGGUCGAGAUGAAGAAGUAAAAGCUGCUUAUUACAAGCCGGCAGAUUCAGAUUCUUGCACGAAACCGAACCAUGUCCAUCCUCGUUUCUCUGUCGAUCAAGAAGAUGAAAAUCCCCGAAUAUCUGUGCCCAAGAUUCCGAAGAUUUACAUACCAAGUGUCAUCAUACCCCCGGCCUCCAUGUCCAAAGAAAUCGGUAAGAUUCAUCGAGAAGUUAAUGGAGAAGUGAAAUCCAACACCAAGUCCAGUCCGAUUCUACGUCCGCGUGCUGUCAUAUCUAGUCCCGACAAUGAUGAAAUGAUCGGAACCAUAAACAGGAACAAGGAGAAAAAAGGAACCAGAGCUUCGAAGAGUCAUGUUCAGACACCGACCAGACAUUCUCCUCAGUGUAAGAAUAUACAAACAAAGGAUCACACCGAUACCGAGAAGCCUAAGGACGGAACUCCCCGAGUGAGGAUCAGUCAACCUGCGAGUAAAGGAUCUGCCAAAAAUAUCUCAUUCGAGCGAGGAAUCUCGAGAGGAAGUAGAACCAGAGCUGACUAGAGAACAGACCCUGAUAUUUGUGUGUUCAUAUUUGAUAAGAAUCGAGAAUCUGACACGGUUUUUGCAGCGCGGUUUUGAGUCCUCGGAUGUCAAGAGUAUGUAGAAAUGAGAUUCGGGCGAAACCCGAUGAUCGUAUUCACGACACGGAAAAGAUUGUUCCUCUGUUUUCACUGUUUCUGUCUCUUUGGUAGCCCUUAGAAGACAGUUUGGCAAGUAUGUGUUCAUGUCUGGUGCCAAAACUGUAACCGUGUUCUUUUCAUUUCCA